AUGGCCGCCUCCGCCGGCCCCGCCGCGCCGCGCACCAAGACCAAGCGGAAGCGCUUCGUGCCCCAGCGCGUCAAGGUGCCGCGGGCGGCGGACCCGCUGCUGGGCGUGUUGGGCUGGGGCGUCCAGCACCAGAUCAAUGAACUCAGCCAGGUUCCCCUGCCGGUGAUGCUGCUACCCGAUGACUUUAAAGCCAACUCUAAAAUCAAAGUGAACAAUCAUCUCUUCAACAGGGAGAACCUGCCCAGCCACUUCAAGUUCAAGGAGUACUGCCCGCAGGUCUUCCGCAACCUCCGCGAGCGCUUCGGGAUUGACGACCAGGACUACCAGGUCUCCCUGACGCGCAGCCCGCCCCACUACGAAGGUGAGGGGAGCGACCGGCGUUUCCUCACCUCCUACGACCGGACGCUGGUGAUCAAGGAGAUCUCCAGCGAAGACGUGGCUGACGUGCACAGCCUCCUUUCGCACUACCACCAGUACGUGGUGAAGUGUCACGGGCUCACCCUGCUGCCCCAGUUCCUGGGGAUGUACCGGCUCAGUGUGGACAGCGAGGAGACCUACAUGCUGGUCAUGAGGAACGUGUUCAGCCACCGGCUCGCCGUGCACAGGAAGUACGACCUGAAGGGCUCCCUGGUGUCCCGAGAAGCCAGCGACAAGGAGAAGGUCAAGGAGCUGCCCACGCUGAAAGACAUGGACUUCCUGCACAUGAGCCAGAAGGUGUACGUGGACGAGGGGCAGAAGGGCGACUUCAUGGAGAAGCUGAAGAGGGAUGUGGAGUUCCUGGUCCAGCUGAAGAUCAUGGAUUACAGCCUGCUGUUGGGCAUCCAUGACGUGCUCCGGGCCGAGCAGGAGGAGGACGAGGAUCUGAAGGAGGAGGAAGAGGAGGGGGAGGACGUCAUGGCUGUGGGCUCCUACGGGACAUCCCCCGAGGGGAUCGGCGGCUACCUGAACUCCUACAAGCCGCUGAGCCCCGGGGAGUUUGACCCCUACGUCGACGUGUACGCCAUCAAGAGCGCGGAAGGCGGGCCCCAGCCGGAGGUGUACUUCAUGGGCCUCAUCGACAUCCUCACGCAGUACGACGCCAAGAAGAAGGCCGCGCACGCCGCCAAGACCGUCAAGCACGGGGCUGGCGCGGAGAUCUCGACCGUCCACCCCGAGCAGUACGCCAAGCGCUUCCUGGACUUUGUCACCAACAUCUUUGCUUAG